AGCAAAGAAGUGUAAAAAUGGCAUUGCUAGGGAAGCAAAACCAGAGAUCCAAAUCUCCAUUUCUUCUUCUACUACUCCUUCCUCUCUUAGCCUUUUCCUUUCUCUUCUACCUCUUCUCAUCCCCAAAUCCCUACCAAUUCCCCAACUCCAACUCCACUCCCUCCUCUUCCAAUCCCCAAACCUCCUUCGUCGCCUCUCUCGACCACUUUCUUCUCACCCAUGACACUGCUUCCCUCUCCGGAGGAGACACCGACGCCGACGCCGACGCCGAGAAGGUGGAAGAGCUGGACAACCUCAUGUUCAAAGCCCAGACUCGGAGAUUGUACGGAGAUCCCCAUUACCCAAUCACAUUCCCGAUCAAGGUCUACGUUUACGACAUGCCCAGCAAGUUCACCUACGAUCUCCUCCGGCUUUUCGCUAAGACCUACAAGGAUACUUCUAAUCUCACCUCCAAUGGCAGCCCCGUCCACCGCCUUAUCGAACAGCAUUCUAUUGAUUACUGGCUUUGGGCGGAUUUGAUUGCCCCAGAAUCAGAGAGGCUUCUGAAAACUGUUGUGAGAGUUGAUAAGCAGGAGGAGGCUGACUUGUUCUACAUACCCUUCUUCACCACCAUUAGCUUCUUCUUAAUGGAGAAACAACAAUGCAAAGCUCUUUACAGGGAAGUUUUGAAAUGGGUAACAGACCAACCUGCAUGGAAGCGAUCUGAAGGAAGAGAUCAUAUACUUCCAGUUCAUCAUCCAUGGUCUUUCAAGUCUGUUCGUAGAUUUGUCAAGAAUGCAAUUUGGCUGCUACCUGAUAUGGAUUCUACAGGGAACUGGUACAAGCGGGGACAGGUUUUCCUGGAGAAAGAUUUAAUUCUUCCUUAUGUUCCCAAUGUUGAAUUAUGUGAUGCCAAAUGCUUAGCUGCUACUGAACUGAAAAGAACAACACUUAUUUUCUUCCGCGGGAGACUUAAAAGAAAUGCUGGUGGUAAAAUACGUGCAAAACUUGUAUCAGAACUUAGUGGUGCCGAGGGUGUAGUUAUAGAGGAGGGAUCAGCUGGAGAGGGAGGAAAACUAGCUGCUCAGAAUGGAAUGCGCAAGUCUAUAUUCUGUUUAAGCCCUGCUGGGGACACUCCAUCAUCUGCUAGACUGUUUGAUGCUAUUGUCAGUGGUUGCAUACCAGUUAUAGUCAGUGAUGAAUUGGAGCUUCCUUUUGAAGGAAUACUAGACUACAGAAAGAUAGCAGUAUUUGUUUCUUCCAGUGAUGCUGUACAACCGGGUUGGCUUCUAAAUUUUCUCAGAAGUAUUACCCGUUCUCAAAUAAGCGAAAUGAGACAGAAUCUUGCCAAGUACUCGAGACAUUUUGUGUACUCGAGCCCAGCUCAACCCUUAGGCCCUGAAGACUUGGUGUGGAGAAUGAUGGCUGGUAAGUUGGUGAAUAUCAAGCUUCACACUCGAAGAUCGCAGCGAGUAGUCAAGGAGUCUCGAAGCAUCUGCACUUGCUAUUGCAGGCGUGCCAACCAAACCAAUUCGACUCCCCUGUUGUAAUCAACUUUACUUGUCUCAAUAUACUACAGCAGCAUUGACAUACAACAUUUCAUAGUAACACACAAGUCUAUAUAUGUCAGUGUCCCCAUUAUUUGAAACUCUUCUGUAAUGAAUUUGAUUGUUGACAGUAUACAUUGCAGUCUGUUCCACUCCACCACCUUCAUGAGGCCAUUUUGCAAAUUUUGAGUUGAAUCCUAUCUUGCAAUUGAUAUAUCAAUGCUAUGGAUUGAUUUAGUUUGAAUUUCCCUUAUUUAUAUGGAACAAAAUUUUAUUAGAACUGUUCAUUUGUAAUUGGUAAUCAGAGUUAAAUCCACUGCACCAAUGUCCUUCAA